UAUGUUAGAGCUACAAUUGUUUUCCAUUUCUAGUUUUAUUUUUUCAAUUUAGACUUAGGGAGCAGAACUCCACAGAUUGUCAUUUUGAGAAGAUACAUUUCAGAUCUUUUGUGCGUUUUGUAAUUUUGGAUCACACUGCAGACCAACGGAUGACGUCCGACACAACGUAAAUUAUUUUUACCAAGUGGGAAUUAUGAACUGUCCCCAAAAAUGCCUGAUCACCUGAAACAAGGAGGACUUGGGCUCCCUAUCCUCUCCAGGUAACCAAACCAUUAGACCUCACAGCCCUCUCGCAUCUGCAGAGAGGACUGCACUACGGCAAUGGAAACGAUUUCUAAUGAAAGUGACAUCUGGCAACUGAACGACUCUUGGAAGAACUCGAGCUUUUUUAAUGGGACCGCUGGGUUCAAUCAAACGAACCCCCUGAAACGGAAUGAGGAGGUGGCCAAAGUGGAGGUGACCGUGCUCGCCCUGGUGCUCUUCCUGGCGCUCGCAGGAAACCUGUGCGUCCUGCUGGCCAUCCACACCACCAAACACAGCCAGUCCCGCAUGUAUUACUUCAUGAAGCACCUGAGCAUCGCCGAUCUGGUCGUUGCUAUAUUUCAGGUCCUUCCUCAACUUAUCUGGGACAUAACAUUUCGCUUCUACGGACCCGACAUUUUGUGUAGGUUGGUGAAAUACCUGCAGGUCGUCGGGAUGUUUGCCUCCACUUAUAUGUUAGUUCUGAUGUCUGUAGAUCGCUGUUUGGCCAUAUGUCAGCCUCUCCGCUCACUACACAGAAGAAAAGACCGUUUUUAUGUGAUAUUUUCCUGGCUCCUUAGCCUGCUCUUCAGCAUCCCGCAGAUUUUCAUCUUUUCCCUCAGAGAAGUCGGCUCAGGAGUGUAUGACUGCUGGGGCGACUUUGUGAAACCCUGGGGAGCCAAAGCAUACAUUACAUGGAUCAGCCUCUCCAUCUACAUCAUCCCGGUGGCCAUACUCAGCAUUUGUUACGGGUUAAUUAGCUUUAAAAUAUGGCAAAACUUUAAGUUAAAAACAAGACGGGAGCAAUGCAUCAGCCUAACGCCCAAAACCUGCAAAAGCAACACGCUGGCCAGGGUGAGCAGCGUAAGGCUCAUCUCCAAAGCCAAAAUUACCACCGUGAAAAUGACUUUUGUGAUUGUGGUGGCAUACAUCGUGUGCUGGACCCCCUUUUUCUCAGUCCAGAUGUGGUCUGCGUGGGAUCCAGCUGCGCCUCGUGAGGCCAUGCCCUUCAUUAUCUCCAUGCUGCUUGCAAGCCUGAACAGCUGUUGUAACCCCUGGAUCUAUAUGUGCUUUGCUGGUCAUCUCUUCCACGAUCUGAGGCAGAACUUCCUGUGUUGUUCCACUCGCUACCUCAAGUCAUCCCAAUGCCGCUGCGAGCGUGACUUUGACUCCAGCCACAAGAGCAACUCAUCGACCUUUGCCAUUAAGAGCACCAGCAGUCAGAGGAGCAUCACUCAGACAUCCACCACGUAAGCCCCUGGCCUCUUUUUUCCCCCUUCUCUCCAAAGCUGCCCACUCAGCCUCUCACUACAUGCUGCUCCCCAUUAAUUUUCCAGCGGUUCGAUUUCUUCAAAAUGCCUCCCUUGGCAAGACUUGCUGUUAAAGCCUAGAAGGGGAAAACAGCCCACACAGUACUUCUGCUUCAGCAUAAAUUCAGAAUUUUACUGUGAAACUGAAAACUGUAAUAAACAGAUGACCCCUCCAUUAGACUUAAAUCAGAUAAUCAUGGACUAAAAAGAGUGUUCAGAUGGAAAUGUUUCUAUUUUUUUUUUUGUAUAUACUUGAUCUAAAUGUACAGGAUGUGUUAACUGCGCAUACAAAGUGAUUAAAAUGAGUAUUCAACGGAUGUCCAUGCACUGUAAAUUGUUACAGUUUUUCACACCAGCAUAGCUAAUGGAUGGUCUUUGUGGUUAUAAAUGUAUCUGUUAAAAAAUAUGUAUUCUGUCGUCCAGCUUGUCACGUGUUUGCUCACAUAUUAACUGUUACUUCAGCUCUUGUUAAAUUUAGUAUGCCAUGCCUGUCAUUGCUAACCAUCAGAGAAAGGGUUAAAAAACAAUAAAGCCUAUUAAGUGCAAUGAAACCUUUUGAUCAUGCUGUUAUCUUUCAUUUCAUUCAGGGACAGUGUCAUCAUCAAUGUCAGGUUGUUCAUUUAGUGCUCAAAUCUCUUUAGUCAAAUUUAAGAAUACAGUUUCUUGCAACAAUAACUAUACAUUAACUUAUUUCACAUGAUCAUGCUGAUAUACCAACAAACUGUUGUGAUUUUUGUAGGACUGAAACUGAAAUGAAAACAAAAUGGUGUAAAAUAAUAAGAACAAUGAUGUAAGGCUUUCAAAAAUAGUGUGCUUUGAGUUUGUAUUCCGCUCCUUUACUCAUCCUAAAAUAAAGACCAAUGCAACCAGCUGACCUUAGAAGACAUCUUAUUUCUUGUGUAUAACCAGUAUAAAUCCAACUUGUAACUAAGCGUCUAUGUUGAUUAUGUUUCAAGUACUAUUUAGGUUUUAAUGUCAUUUUAAACUUUAAUGCUGUGAAUACCAGAACUUUGAAAAAUAUUCAGCUGUUUAUGCAGGGCUUUUGUUCAGUUCUGUCUACAGUAUGUGUUCCUGUCUGCAAUUUUAAUUUAGAACCAAAA